AAGCUGCCUUCUAACAUCCAACAUGAAUUCAGUGACGAAAAUCAGCACACUGCUCAUCGUGAUUUUAUCCUUUCUCUGUUUUGUGGAGGGUCUGAUCUGUAAUUCAUGUGAAAAGUCACGAGAUUCAAGAUGUACAAUGUCACAAAGCAGAUGCGUUGCAAAACCUGGUGAAUCAUGCAGUACCGUAUCACACUUUGUUGGAACAAAGCAUGUGUACUCAAAGCAAAUGUGCUCGCCUCAGUGCAAGGAAAAACAGCUUAACACUGGAAAGAAGUUGAUUUACAUAAUGUGCUGCGAAAAAAACUUGUGUAAUAGCUUCUAGAUGGAGAAGAAUCACUUGAAGAUCAUCUUCUGUUCAAGAUCCAAACUUACAAAUGAAUCAAGAUGAGGAACUUGCUUUCCUACUCGAUUUCCAUGAUGGCCUGAGAUCCCUGAGAUAGCAACAGAGGCUGUGUCCUCGUUUCAGUGAAAGACUUCUUGACCACACCAUUAGAGCACUGCAAAAAAAAAAAAAAAAAAUCCAUGCUUACCAUGUUAUUUUGCUUUUCCAGUUUGCAAUGUCUAAGCCCUGUAAUAGUGUCCCAAGGAUUUUUAUUUUAAUCUCGAGAAUCUGUGAAUGCUGCAGUAAGUGGCAAAAGAGACAUUGGAGAUGUGAAUAAGGAUCUCAGAUGGAAAGCUAUUUCUGGAUUGUCAGGGUGGGUCCUAGUUGUAAGUACAAAUGUUCUUAUAAAAUGGGGGAGGGGAAGGCAUGAAUUGAUUAUAGAAGAGGAAAUGAUUAUGUAAUCGUGACUCACAAAUUGGAGUGAUGUCCCUUGAAGAUGGAUCAAGUGGUCAUGAGCCAAGAGAUAUAAAAGGCCACUGGAAGCUGAGAAGAGCAAUGAAUUUAAUUUUUCUCAAUGCCUCCAGAAACUUGCCAUGCUGAUACUUAAUUAUAUCCCCAUGAGAUUUAUUUCUGACUUCAGAGUUCUACAAAUUGAAUAAAUGUGUGUUGUUUUAAGCAA